AUGAGUGUUAGCGUAUUUCUGUUUGUUCCAAAUUUAAUUGGGUAUGUUAGGAUCCUCUUGCUUCUUUACGCCUGCUGGUACAUGCCAACUGAUCCGGUGCGGGCUGUUGUGUCCUACCUUCUGUCGGCACUACUCGAUGCGGUCGAUGGUCAUACAGCCAGACUUCUGGACCAGAGCACAAAAUUCGGCGCCGCGUUGGAUAUGCUUAGUGACCGUUGUACGACCAUGUGUCUACUCUUUACUCUUGGCGUCUUCUAUCCACACUAUUUAUUCUUCUUUCAGUUAUCUGCUUGUAUUGAUAUCACAAGUCAUUGGCUGUUUGUUCAAUCGUCGAUCCAAAGUGGGUCUUCUAGUCAUAAGACAAUCGGCAUAGAUGGUAACCCGCUACUUCGAAUAUACUAUGCGAACCGAACUAUUCUUUUCAUUAUGUGUGCCGGAAACGAACUCUUCUACGCUAUGCUUUACGUCCUCCAUUUUACUGAAGGACCCUAUUGUAAGUCGCGUCCGACAAAUUGCAGGAAGAUGGUUUUCGGUCUAGGGCUGUAUCUCAUGAUUCUCUAUUUGAGUCUGCCUAUCGCCCUUUUGAAGACUCUCGUUGGAAUCGUACACCUCUACACUGCUGCAAUUAACGUAGCAAGCAUCGAUGCUUUUGAGCGUAAGAAGUCACAGACGUUGCCGGUCAACUCGGACCAAGGCAAAGUCAAAUGA